AUGGUUCAAGAAGUUGGAACCAUGAUCAGUGGACUGCUAGAGCAAGCUACAAGUCAGUUUUUGGAGACAAACUUUAUAAAAAGAUUCAAAGAAGAGGCUUCAAAGACCAUGAAGGUAGACGACGGACUACAACUGGCCCUUCACAAGGCUGGGAUCCGCACGGGGACUCCUUUCUGGAAUGAACUACAACAAGAGGGAGCAGCUAAUCUCCAAGAUUUCCAAAAAAGGGUCCAAAAGUACAACAACUUGGAAGAAGCCCAAAUAGUGGCUUACGGAGGAUACUACCUGACCGGAGUAUCAGGAUAUGCACCUAGAGCACAGCUUUCGGGAGCCCUGCCUCCGACCACUCCUGAAAUGAGCAGAAUACAAUUCUCCGCUACCCCAGGAUAUAAUCAAAGCCUCUCCCUGAGUCCUGCAUCAUCACACUUUGGGGCACCCAUGGGCAAUCCCUCGGGGAUGAGUGUCCAAACCCUGUCCCAAAGGCAGAAUAUGCAUUAUCGGAAGCCUCCUCCCCUGUAUAGAGAUAGCUCCCGGAGGGAUCCCAGCAAAAGGUGUGAAUAUCACAACGACAUUGGCCACAACACCAAUGAGUGCAAGAACCUGAAAGACGAAAUCGAGAACCUAAUUCGAUUAGGUCAUUUGUAUGAAUGGAUCAAGAACAGAUUACCCCAUCUAACCCCAGCUCCAGCAGGAGGCCCUUUACCUCAAGGAGGACAUGGGGGUGUGCCCGGAGAACAAGUAGCCGGUGUACCCCCCGGAGGAGCACUCCCUCCACAGGUGCCCGAAUUACCACCACGGCCAAAUGGGAGAGUGGCCAUGAUCUCCAGUGGGCCUCAUAUCGGAGGAACCACUAGAAACGAACUAAAGCAUUACGCUGGGGCCAUAAAAGACAAUGAAGUAUGGGAAAUCACUCAACUCCCAGCACAAAGACCCCGACUCAUGGACCAACCUAUCACUUUCACAGAAGAUGAUGCAAAAUCAGUGCGUUUCCCUCACCAUGAUCCUCUGAUUAUAGAGACUCCCAUCGCCAAUAAGGUCGUGACAAGGAUACUGGUAGAUAACGGGAGCUCCAUGAAUCUAUUGUUCAAAGAAGCCUUCAUGGCAAUAGGGCUCACGGACAGGGAUUUGUCACCCAGCGGCUCCCAACUCACAGGAUUUAACGAAACAAUGCUUAUCCCAAUGGGGAAAGUGCGGCUUCCUAUCACCCUAUGCCCAGACACCCCACAAAGCACUUUCAAAUACUACACCUUUGUUGUGGUAGAUUGCCCAACAGUGUACAAUGCCAUCCUUGGCCGACCGACCUUAGUAGAUUUUGGAGCGAUUACCUCCAUCCUGCACCUAUGCCUCAAUUUCUCUACCCGAGAAGCUGGAGUGGGAACAUUGAGGGAAAACCAAGGAGAGGCGAGACAAUGCUACAACGUCGCAAUGCACCUGUCAGUAUUAGUAGUUUACAGGGGUGAAGAGCCAAGAUUCAUGGAGCAAGACGAGUUGGAUCCCCGCAUAGGAUCCGAAACAACUGUAGAACCUAUGGAGGACACCGAGGAAGUAGUGUGUGUGACCUCGACUCCACUUAGGUUAUCCGUCUAG